UUGUUUCGGCCGAUGUUGGAUGGUUUCUAAGUAUUUAAACCCGACACAACGUGAUCGCAUUACUAUAUCGACUGCUAUCGAAAAGGGACAGUUAUUUCUUCUUUCAAAAUAUAACGUAACAUGAAUACCGCUCUAUUAUCAACUAUAAACGAACAAUGAUUUAUGCUUUUAUACUGAGCUUAUAAAAGAAUAAUUUCUUCUUUCUGUCUUUUCAAUGUUUGUCUACGCAUCUUUUCAAUUUUGCAUAAUAGCCGCUUGGAGAAAUUACCAACAAAAAAUCUUAAAGCAUGUAUUUAAUUGAAUCUGCGUAAGAUUCUUUUGUAUUAUUAUUAUUUAUUAUAAUAUACGGUGCGUGUAUUUAUUUAUUUUUCGUUAUGAGGGAAUAUUUUUCUUGAAUCGGAUUUACUAUGAAGAAUGGAUGGAUAGAUAUAUAUCUUUCACUUACAGUGAUUGUCCUCGGCAUUGGUAGUGUAAUCGGAGCGUGUACAUUUCCCGCGGAGUUACGAGGUAACUGGAUAAGUUCAGACAAGGGUACUCUUAACUUCACCUCGGACACAAUCUGGAACUAUCCAUUUCCGGUCACUGUAAAUGUUCAAGAAACAGAUUUUGUGUGUGAGGAGAAGAGUGGUGACAUAUACAUGCUGAAAUCUCAGAGAACCUUUGUUCUGUUUGGUUACAACUUCUUCGCUUAUAUUUGUCUAGAUCUUCAUCCAAUAUCGAGUUACAAGUAUUGGUACCAUGUAGCUAACAGCAUCGAACCAUCAACUCAUCUGAGAGUAUAUGUCGCCCUGGAAUCUUUUACUGCUGAUAUAGCCACAGCAUGUAACAGAGAUGUACCGUACGAAACCUCAACAUACAACACAUUAGUGAAGGAAGGUGCAUUACAAGAUGGGCUUGUUGAGGCAACAUGUCCAUUUGAAAUAUUUCAUACGUUUUCGGAUGGAACCUUGGCGUCAUCAGAUGGUACGAAAUCAUGUACUAAUACAACGCUGGACGUAUGCACAGACAGAACACAGAUGCGGUUAACCUACGAUCAGUCAUGUGAUGCCUCACUUAAAAUCUCUGGUGAAGGAAUGAAUAUUUGUUUGUUGGAACAGACUAAUGACACUUCCGGUGUGACGUAUUUGCACGUGUGGAACAAUGACACAACAUUGUCUGCCGACAUCAUGCGGAUAAACUGUUAUGCAUUUGAGAAGUCAGGAAACGUUUUGACAGCAACGUUAUAUCCGGGAGCUUGUCUACCUGAACAAACAUCAACGGAAGUGUCUGACCCGGGUAUAAACGUCCAGUACAACACUAUCACAAGAACAUGCCGUAAGUAUAAAGACGAAUUUUCAGAAGAUACGGUUGAAAGUGGGCCUCAAACUUUGUACUACGUUGCAAUAAUUUUAGGUGCUUUUGCGUUUAUCAUCUUACUUGUUCUUAUUAUCUGCAUAAUUUGUAAGACAAAGUGUCGCUGUUUAACAAAACUGUGCAGAAAGUCAAAAAUAGGCCACUCCGAAUCAUCUUUGACGUCAUCAAUAGAAGACGGCAUGGAACCAUAUUUGCGCGCUGCGAGGCGUAUUAAUCAAUCACCGGGCGUGUUUGUUGCUAGGAAACCCAUUAAGCUUGGACCAAUCAUAGAACCAUAUCUGGAACCGCCACCGAAGGUGGAGCUAUUAUAUGACGUAGAACCAAGACCAACCAGUAGCAGACUGAUGUUUAGGACAUCUGUUUUUCUUAGCCAGCUUAGUUUGAGAUAUAAAGAAGAGGAAACUAAUGUAAACAACAGCAGUAAUAAAAAAACUGAUAAUACAGUUUCCGUUUUAGAUAUAUGAAAUGUUCAUUAAAUAUUAUAUAUCAUUUUACUAUUGAAUAAACCCAAUACACAAAGCAUAUAAUCCUUUGACUAUUUUGUCUUUGUACAUGACUGCUUAUUGCAGCUAACCCAAUUUCCCGAUGUCGUGAAUUUCAUCCCUGGAAAAAUUCAAAAUUUCGAUAUGUAUGGAGGGACUAUGUUAUUAAAAGCUUUGUAAAUAAGAAUUCCAGUAGGAAAAUACAUCGUUCGUUGGAUGACAUCCAUCCAAUGUCUUUCAGUAUAUUUUGAAUCUUUUAUUCGAGAUGUUUGGUUAACAUAAUCCUUGCAUGCCUUAUUUGUAUUUUAACUAUUUUAUUGCACAAUCCUCUGCAAUUCAUACAUGCAAGCAGAAAUAUCGCCUCCAUCACGACACAUAAUAAAAGGUGAGCUUCUUCAAAGUUUUAAUUCGUUUAGCUAAUGUUUUAAUACUUAAAUAAAAAUUAAUUUUACGGGUCCGGGCUUCA